AUGUGUAUGUAUAAUAAUUUUAAAAACUAUAAAAUUUUUAAAAAAAUUUCAAUCAAUGAAACCAAUAUUAACCAAAAAACAAUUUAUGUAAAUGAUGAAGAUUAUGACAUAUUUACAAACAAGUCCCUUGUCAUACAAGAUCCAGUAUUAAACGGCUCCACCUUAUUUCAUCCCAUAUUGGUCAAUUCUAUAAAUGAAUUACCAUAUUUUAAAAAUGAAAGACUCCAUAUACAAUUAAAAGAUGAAUCCAAAUUAAUUGGUAGAUUAAUUUCAAUUGAAUAUAAAAACACCACAGUAUUAGAAGACCCCAAUAGUAUCACCGUAGAAUUAGAAGAACUAUGUCAAUCUAAAAUACCAACUAUUUAUAAAAAUAAAUAUUUCAUUUCAAUUUUAACAGAAAAAAUCCAAUCAUUUAUUCUACUAGAUAAUAACACCCAUAUUUGUAAAAAUAGUAAUAUCAACAACGCAAUUAAAAUAAUUCUAAAUAAUGAUAAAGAUCAUAGAGAUAUUAUUAUUUCAUAUGAUAUUCCAUUCAUUUCACCAUCCUCCAUCUUCGCAUUACCAAAUAAGCCAUAUAAUAUUUUUAAUAAUAUUAUUGAAUGUGACAUUAAAACAAACAAUUGUUUUAAGACACCAAUCAGUUUUAAAACAGUUUAUACAUGGUUUUCAAAAUGGGACAUUACCAAAGAGGGUGUUGAAUUGAUAAUUGUAUCAAAUGUUGGUAAUGAAAGGUAUACAAUAAAGAAUUUCAAGUGUUUUAAAAACCAUCUCAUUCAAACUACCGUCAACGAGUUCAAAUCCAAAAUCACCAGUGCCGCAUUAGCAGAAGUACCUCAUAGAACCACCUUGCAACAUGCAAUUUACUUUAAUAACAACUCUGACUUUAGUAUUAAUAAGCUUCAUAAUAUUAAAAUAAUAAAUAAUAAUCAAACAUUACUCAAUAAUAAACAAGAGUAUUAUUUAUUUGACAGCAUCAAACCAAAUGAAAAAGGUGUUAUAGUACUCAACAAUUAUGAAAAUGUCUUUAACAGUACAACCUAUAUCAAUGAUAUACCUUUUAGAACUAAGGAUCCAAAACCCUCCCAGCCAAACCGAGCCGGUGUAUGCCACGGUCAAAUCAAAGCAUCAAAAGAUUAUAGCUUAUUCAUUGCAACCAACACCAUUAAGUCCUCAUAUAUAUUUAUCAACACAUCAAAUCACAAGACAAGGCUUAUUGUUUAUGCUAACUCCUUUUCAUCAUCCAGUAGACUCUCAUCAAAUGGUAAAGAAAUUUCAUCCAACUGUUUCCUCUAUAAUCUUGAACAAUGUUCAAUAAACACAAUCAAAAUUACAAAACUUAUUGAAAAAACUUUUGUUGCAAAAAAACUAUCAAAAGAACUUAUAAAACUUUUAAAGGAAAAUAACAUUGAUGUUAAUCUCGAAAAUAAGGAUGAAUCAUAUUGUAUCUCAUAUUUAAAUGAAGAUGUUAGAAAAAGAGUUAUUGCCUCUCUAAUAUUGAAUGAUAAAGAUCAAGAUUCAUUUAAAUUUUCAAAUACUUUAAACAAUGAUGUUUUAUUUUCAACAAAAUCCUAUCAAAAACAAUGCAAUAUAAACCCAUCUGCAAAGUAUUCUGCUGAUUUUAAAAUAGAAAAUAAAAAGAAAUCUGAAGAGGAUGAGGAUGGUUAUUUAGAUGAAGAUGAAGAAAAUAUAGAUGAGUAUGAAAUACAAGAUCAGGAAGAAUUACUAGAUGAUAAAUUACAAGAUGAGGAUGAAUCACAAGUUACUUUUGGUGAGAAAAACAAAGCCAAAAUAUCCAAUCCUUUCCCAGGAAGUAUAUUUGGUUCACAAAAUAAAUCAUUAUUUUCGCUUGGUGUUACAUUCGGCACUGCCACACCUUCAGAAGGAUCAUCAACUCCAGCUCAAAAUAAUACAUUUGGUACUGCUAAACCAGUUACAUUUGGAACAGCUACCAGUUCAUCAAAUACAUAA